CCUCUGUGCGGCGGAAAGGGCUUUACAAAACAGGGAUACUUCCCAGACCGUGGUCUUCUCAAGGCCAUGCAAGGGAACAGAGCUGGUUUUACUCACGUCUGAAUUGUGUCUAUAAUCCAGUAACACCUUUUUUCCUACUUAGAGAAGUUGCUAAGGUUUCUCUUGAUUUGAGGACACUCCUGGAAACAACCUCUGUGGGCAAAUAUGGGCUGCCGGGAUGUUCAUGCAGCGACUGUACUGGCCUUCCUCAGCGGAACAGCCUCAGUAGCUGGGCUGCUUGCAGCAGUUCUGCUUCCAAACUGGAGGCAGAUGAGACUGUACACAUACAACAAGAAUGAGAGGAAUGUGACGGUUUACACUGGACUCUGGAUUAAGUGUGCACGCUUUGAUGGGAGCAGAGACUGUGUGAUCUAUGACCCACAGUGGUACACGGCCGUCGAUCAGCUGGAUUUGCGUGUUCUUCAGUUUGCCCUUCCUCUGAGUAUGUUUACUGCUGUCUCAGCUCUGUUCCUCUGCAUGAUUGGCAUGUGUAACACAGCCUUUGUAUCGAGCGUGCCGAACGUCAAACUGGCCAAGUGCCUGGUAAACAGUGCAGGCUGCCAUCUCGUGGCCGGCCUCUUGUUCCUGCUUGCCUGUGCCAUUUGUCUCACUCCGUCCAUCUGGGUCAUUUUUUAUAACAAUUAUCUGAACAGAAAAUACGAGCCCGUCUUCAGCUUUGACAUCUCGGUAUUUAUUGCCAUUGCCAGUGCUGGCGGUCUGUUUUUCACUUCCAUCCUGCUGUUCCUGUGGUACUGUGCAUGCAAAAGCCUCCCUUCUCCUUUCUGGCAGCCCUUGUAUUCCCACGCCCCUAGCAUGCACAGCUAUGCCUCUCAGCCCUACUCUGCACGUUCUCGCCUCUCUGCCGUAGAAAUUGACAUUCCUGUUGUGACACAUUCAUCUUAAGGAGACAAAGCCUGGAAGCAAAGUUCUUGUGCUCGUUCAAGCCAUGAAAAUUGCAGGCUUGAUUCUCUGUGCUGCCCUGCACUGAGCAUAAUCCUUUGUAAGGCCAAGUUUCCCAAGGCGUAAAGCUGUGGAGGCCCAAGUUCAGCAAGUCUGUUGCUGUCCUGGUCUGUUACUUCCUGGCCACAUUUCCUUUUUUUUUUUUUUAUCUUCUUUUUUUGACUCUGAGCUCACUACAGGUCAAAGUUGCUGCUAAUGCUGGAACAGUACACUAACAAUUGUAUGCAUCCAUCCUUUUGCUUACUGAUGUCAAAGCAGGUUUGAAUCUCUUUGAAAUUUGAUAAGCUAUUCCUAGAUUCUGAUCUCAUUGUAGGACCCUUGCACCCAUGUAUUGUCCAGAUGCAGGCAAUGGAAGUGGGUGUAGGGGAUUCACUGAGUUUCUUGUUCAUCCAGACCCACAUAUUGUAUGUAAUAUGUGAUGUCUGAAAAGGGUGUUUGGCAGACUAAUUCAGUUCUGUGCACUGUUCUUUGUUUUUCGCUGUACACACAAACAGAUACCUGCUUAGAAACUUCUGUAACAGAAUUAGUGCCAAAUUACCCUUUAUUUUCAAAAUAGCUUUCAAAAGGAAUAAAAUUGAUUUAACUAAGAAUGUUGUUCUGUGAUGUAAAAGCAUUUUGUGAAUUACUGGAGGCUAGAAAUCUUUUGUGAAUCUUAUUUCUAGUCUGUUUUUUACUGAGUUAACAAAUUCACUAGAUCUAUUUUGUGAAUGUUUUAUUUGAAGGCCUUCUUAAAAAUGGAUUUUCAGGUAGGAUAUAAAGUGUUCAGUUCUGGAGAGAAACAUCACACUGCAAAAAGGGUUAGGAAAAUCCUAAAGAAUUCUGAAGACUCUGAAAGAUUCUUUUGAAACACUAUAUACAAGCUGUAACAACAUCUCUCCGAAAACGGAAUUAUAACCCUGGGGAGAGAGUUUUUAAUCUAGAUGUUUUUUUAAAACUGUAUCUACAAGCAACAAUGAGCUUGUGUUUUUUUCAGUUGAUCUUUAUGGUUGAUAAACUUCAUGCUGUAGCUUAUUUCCUUACUGAUUAAGACAACCUUUACAACCUUGUUCUUUAACACCUUUCAAAUUCAGCUGUUUUUAAAUCCAGUUAUUUCCCCUGCUGCUACCUCAUAAAUGCAGAAAGUUUCCUAUUCCUAUUUUCCAUGAGAUUUUGAGUACAUUGUGAGCUUCACCUUGUAGCUCUACAAGGAUGAGGAGGGAUUGUAAAUUCCCAACCUGGGAUGUCUUUAAAUCACUUUUUGCCUUCUAAAAUGUAGAGCAGCAAGUGAGCCCUAAGGAUCAAAGCUCUUCAAUAUGGGCUUUGACAUUACUUGAAAAUUUGAUGACAGUCAGUUGAAGAGUGCUAUAAUUAAGGCAAGUGUUUGAUUCUCUCAGGUUUUGGUAAAUUGAGGUCUUGUGUUUAAAAUGUCAUUCUAGUAAGGAAAGUUAUUUUGAUUGGUGGCAUUCUGGAGCUUAGUGGGUAUUUGCAUUUCAUUAAUUCCAGAAUAAAUGUGUUUUUC